AUGAAGCAGACUCUCAGCGAACUAAUGAGGAUGAGCAGGAUAUGCCGGAUGAUAUUUGCCACUUGUUUGGGAUCCUUUAUUCUGGUCAUCUUUUAUUUUCAAAGUAUGUUCCAACCAGUCAUGCGGAGGAACCCCUUCAUGGUGGACGGCUGCUGUAGGAAAGGGUCCCGCAACGCCCUGCAGGAGCUCUACAAUCCCACCCAGCCGGAGCUGUCAGCAGCAGCCAUCCUCCACCAGACCAGGAGGGAUCAGGUAGUGGAUGCCUGUCGGGUCUACACCGCAACCAGCCGUAAGCGGCGAGUCUUGACUCCUGGAGACCUGAAACAUCUCGUGGUGGACGAGGAUCAUGAGCUCAUCUACUGCUAUGUCCCGAAAGUGGCCUGUACCAACUGGAAACGUGUCAUGAUGGUUCUCACAGGUCGGGGCAAAUACAAUGACCCAAUGGAAAUCCCUUCCAAUGAAGCCCAUAUUCCAUCUAACCUGAAGACGCUGAACCAGUACAGCAUCGCUGAGAUCAACCACCGCCUCAAGAACUAUCUCAAGUUCCUCUUUGUUCGCGAGCCCUUUGAGAGGCUGGUGUCUGCAUACCGCAACAAGUUCACCCUCAAGUACAACUCAUCCUUUCACAAGCGUUUUGGCACCCGUAUAGUCCGGCGCUACCGCAAGAAUGCUACUCAGGAUGCUCUGCUCCAUGGUGCUGAUGUCAAAUUCAAGGAAUUCACUGAGUACCUGGUGGACCCAGCCACACAACGCGAUGGCCCGCUCAACGAGCACUGGCAGACCGUGUACCAGCUUUGCCACCCAUGUCACAUCCACUACGACCUGGUGGGCAAGUACGAGACACUGGAGGAGGACGCAAAUUAUGUGCUGCGGCUGGUAGGUGUUGGCAAUUCCCUGCGCUUCCCAAGCUACGCCAAGUCCACUCGUACCACAGAUACCAUGACAGCCCAGUUCUUCAGCAAUAUCAGCACUCAGCAGCAGAUCCAACUUUACCAGCUUUACAAGUUGGACUUCCUCAUGUUCAACUACUCCACACCCAGCUACCUUCGGCUGGACUGACGGAGUACAGAGCCGAGACUCUGAGAAUGGCUGCCUUUUUUUAAAGAAAGGCAACAAAAUAAGUGAAGGGCAGACAUUUUUUUGAAGCAAACGAUUUAAAAAAAAAAAAACAUCAUCGGAUCUUGCAGGUCUGAAAUAAAACACAUGAAUGAUUGCUGAAGGAAAGAAUGAUGAUGCGUGCUUGUCUGGGCAUAAGUGGAAGGAUGUCCAAUCAACUCUUGGUGACACAGAGAGCACUGAUUGGAUGAAAAUGUGGGCUAAAUGGACAAUAAGCACGCAAAGAUUAGAAAUUAGAAGGUGAAGCAGGUCUUCAAGAUGGGGAGCUUAUCCCUAGAGGAUGGACUUGAAGAGGAACUAUCCUGAUGAUGCCCCAUAAACAUUUAAACAAACUGCUGACAAAUUAGGUUGCUUCCGAUUCUGUAAAGUUAACAGUGGCCUCGCACGUGCUCUGAUGCCCCCCCAACGCAUGGGAGGGAGCUAAGCUUACCCCCCCAGUCAAUAGAGAAACUCCGUCAAAUUGUAAAAGACACUUCAUGCCCUUUGCUGCGAUGCCAAUAUGGUGUAUUAGCCCCCAUUGCCCUUGCCCUCAUUAGAGUCAUACAUUUCAGAGGGAAACUGGCUCAUCAGUGCAUCGAGGAUGCACUGUAAUGGAUGGCUACUGACUGCACUCUCAAAACCUCUUCAACUGUAACUGUGGCGCCAUGGCAUUCAGUCAGCAGUUUGGACCAAACAAGUUCUGUCCCUGGUCUUUCUUAUUAUGAUCUUGGCAGAAGGGACCUUUCGUGGACCCUGUGAAAUCAGAGACACCUGCUGCAGCAGUGAAGUCUGUGGGUAAAAAAUAAUCAUUGUCUGUAAUGAUCCUUGAUACUUUGAACAACAUGAUGUGGUUAAGAAGGGUACGGGAGCAGUUCAGAUGAUUGGCGCACACCAGCUAUUGUGAGCACCAUCCUUACUGUUGAGAUGAAAGAAAAGAGAUGGCCUGCAUGGUUGUGAAAGGGUUAAAGGGACUAGAUCUCAUAACCAUGCCCUGCCAUGUCGUACCCAGGGUCAUCACAUCCCUGCAAAGCAUCUGUUCUGAUGAACAAUAAUGAUCAGUAAAUUAAGAUUAUCCUUUUGUCUACAUGCUUAGUUUAUUUUUUACUGAAGCAUUGCUGCGAGCAGCAAUUACAAAAGAUUAUUUAAUUUGCUUUGUUCAUUAAACUAAGAGAAAGAUUUCAUAUUUUUGUUUUCCUGGUUUAGGGUUUUUAAAGGUGAACUGUUAAAAGAAUUCUGUGAUGUUGAUUUGUUUCUUCAGAACUUGCCUCCGAUGCCACUACAUUAUUAGUGCAUCUCGAAACUUUCAUUUCUGAAGGAUGUAUGGUGUAUAUCAGCUUGUGGCUUUGUCCUUCUGAGCCUGAGACCAUCAGAGACUUGUGGGUGACUUUGGGUGACCAAAAUCACAUCUGCUCUCAGAUCAUUGGGAUGAUUCCUUAACCAGAACAUGAGAAUGUUAAAGCUAAUAACUGCACACUGAUUGUAAUUGGAUUACAGGCUGGUUGUGUAAGUAUUAUACAGGAGGGGAGGGAGGUAGGGGAGGGAAUGAGAGUGAGAACAUCUCCUAAACCACAAUGCAAAGGAAAAUGAAAUCUCUGUGCUUAUAUGUUGCCUAUAAAUAAGUAAUUGGUCUAAAUUUAAGUUACUACUCGGACUUAUGAUUAAGUCAAGAUCCUCCAACCCUUUGAAAGUGCAAUACUUAAUAACUGGAGUAUCAUAUUUAACAAAACUUUGCAAACAUAGCAGCACAGCAACGACAAAAGUUUUUUUUGUCAUUGAGAGUUUACCUUGAUACUUUUACUUCACGCCAGAAUCCCUGUAAAGUGGCUGGUGAAAUGUCAGCAUAACUUCCAAGUGAUCUCCAGAUCUUUAAAUUAUAAACAUCUGGAGGCAAGGCAGUACCUGGGCAGGCAGUACAGACUUUAACACCCUUGGCUUAAGCUCCACAUUUAGCCACAGAAUUGAUCACAGAGGACUUCUUAGCCUUCAAACAAGCCCGUUACAGAGGCUUGUAUUUUCCUCCUCUCCAGCCUUGCUCGAAAAAUGACCUGCUGUAUAUGAAAAAAUGUAAACAUCUGGUGUAAAAUUCACAAUUCAUGCUUUUGUGCUUCUAUCCCUGUUUUUAACCCCACAGUCUGCAAAACUUUUUCCUCCUUUUUCUAGUUUUUGUGGUUUUUAUUUUGGAUCCCUUUGGCACCAAAAACACAAUACUCAAGAUAAAUUCCUCCAGAAAUGUUAUCAUAUCAUCGGCAUAGAGGGACAAAGCCAGGAAAUUCUGAUCAGCUUCUCUCCUUUUCUGCCUGAUCCUGACAUAUCUAAAGUCCUAAAGCAGUAUGUUUUUUGUACAACGUGGACAUGAUGUUGUUAAUUCUGCUGCUGUUUUUUGAGCUGUCAUGUUUGUAUAAAUUAAUUACUCUGGUUGCCUCAUGCACACACACACACACACACACACACACACACACACACAAAACCAAUGUAUCGCACUUUUCUUUCUUUGUGCCUUUCAUUUAGCGCAACACACAAGCAGAAGAAGACUGAGAACACCUACUUGUGACUUGUUCUAUAAACUUUGAGAUCCGGGAACACAUGAACAUCAUUGCAAUUGAAGUUUGACAGGGCAAGGGGCAAGGCGUGCUCGGACAAUCGAACAAGUUGUAAACAAGCCAGCAGUUUAUCGGUUUAAAAUGAAAAGUUGAGAACAGAUGAAAUGUCAAGAAAAAUCUCCCACACUGUACUGGAAAGCUAGGUUUGUGCACAACUAUGGCAAGCAUGGUAGCUCAAAUCAAUCUUCCUGAAGAACAUUAACAUGUUCCACACCUUCUCUGAUGGAUGUCUACAACUAAUUAAACUGUCUUUUAUAAAACAUUCAUUGCACUUCAUCCUGCUACACUACACAUACCUUUUCAUGUGAACUUUAGAGUUUAGAUAAUCUGGCUAAACUGUUAGCUUGUUUACUACCCCUGAGCGCAUGUUUCUUGCCCCUUUAUAUUUUGUUGUAGCAUCAUUGCCUCUUUUCCCUGAUCUCAGCAAUUCAUUUCUUUAAGUAUAAUGAAAUGUUACUCAUAGAAAUUAUGACCAAAAUUUACGACCCAAACAAGCUAAGUUUUGAUAAGUUCUCUCUCAGUCACAGAUCAACUGUGAAGAAAAUGUCAGAUCCAUUUCUGGGGUGGACCUUGCACCAUCAGGCCCUGGUCUUUGUAGGGUUUUAAAUACAGAUUAAUUAUACUAGUUCAUUUCUCCCCUAUAAAAAAAACACUACAUAGCUGAACACAUGGGUGGAAUUUGUCAGAUUCGUCCACAUUAGCGUGGUUGUGGUCUCUCAAUGGGCCACUGUGUGGAUUUUGUGCUGUGCGUGUGUGUGUAUGUGUGUUGUGUGUGACCUUUUGAGUAAUGAAUCCUAGAUUAGCUGUUACUGGAUUUAUACUUAUACAUCAUCAGCAUUUUUCACCAUCCUGUCUAAUGGGAGUGUGUGUGUGUGUGUGUGCGGGUGAGUGUGUGUGGAUGUGCAUGGAUGCGUAUGUUGACACUCCGUGCUGUACCUGCUCUGCCUUAGAGGGAAAGGCGAGACUCUCAUUGCAACAUUUAUUUAUUUAUUUAUUUCUCAGACGACUACGCGCACAGCCUUCUUCGCUAUCACCAUGGCAGCACACACACACACACACACACACAAACUCCUGCAUCUCUCAUUUACUCUGAGGACAGUCUCUCUCCGUGCUGUUGCACUCGGUUCAUUUCAGAGGCUGUAUUCACUGAAAUCAUGAAUAAUUGAGCGCGUACUAUUGCGCUGAGUGUGGGAGAGUGUUGUCAAUCCCGCAGCAGCCCGACCUCAGUUCAUCCUGUCUGAUGUUUUCACAAUAAAAUAACA